UGCAUCACUACUUCGCAGCUGAGCCGAAAGACAAGGGAGACGUGUCACGAAAGUGGCGAAUUGGGUUUUCACGCUAAUUUUGCCCUAAAUUUUUACCCAUUUUCGUUGUGACCAGUGACAUAUCUUUACCGGUUUUCCUUGGAUUACUACUUCAACUUGCAGUCGCGCACAGCCCGGGCAGCGGUGUCGGGAGCGGCCAUGGCCAGCCGGGCAGGAUCAGCACAGCGGCCCAACGGCGGACAGCAGGGCAAGAUCUGCCAGUUCAAGCUGGUGCUGCUCGGAGAGUCGGCCGUCGGAAAGUCGAGCUUGGUGUUGCGCUUCGUCAAAGGACAGUUCCAUGAAUUCCAGGAGAGCACAAUCGGAGCCGCCUUCUUGACACAGACUGUAUGUCUGGACGAGACGACGGUGAAGUUUGAGAUCUGGGACACCGCAGGCCAGGAGCGGUACCACAGCCUGGCGCCUAUGUACUACCGCGGCGCGCAGGCCGCCAUUGUCGUCUACGAUAUUCAGAGUCAGGACACAUUCGCGCGCGCCAAGACGUGGGUAAAAGAGCUGCAGCGUCAGGCCUCACCCAACAUCGUCAUCGCGCUGGCCGGCAACAAGGCUGACCUGGCCAACAAGCGGAUGGUGGAGUAUGAGGAAGCGCAGGCGUACGCAGAGGACAACGGCCUGCUCUUCAUGGAGACCUCAGCCAAGACGGCCAUGAACGUCAAUGAGAUAUUCCUAGCCAUAGCCAAGAAGCUGCCGAAGAGCGAGCCGGGCGGCGGCGCGGCGGGCGCCGGCAGCGGCCGCACGCUCUCCGAUGGUGACGGCGACCCGCGCGCCUCGGCCGGCUGCUGCAACAAGUGAUAGCCGCCGCCGGCCGACACGGCGAGAUGGUGCACGGACGGGACGGCCGCCGACCGACUCGGUCUGCUGGAGGCGCGUGGGACGGAGGAGGGUGCCGCCGCCCGGCGUCUCUGCACAUUCCCGCCGCCGCCGCCGCCGCUGCCGCACCGCGCGGCCCACCUACCACCAGCGUCAGUGCAUGUGAUACGAUGGGCGUGUGCGAGCGCGCGCGCGCGUGGUGGUCUUUUGUAUGGGUGACCGGCUGGACGGGACGGCGUCGCUCGCCGGACGGCGGCCACUGCGAGCGGUCGGCACCGGCGCUAGGCACGUGUUUUAUUUUGUUAAGCAUCUAUCGGUUUUGUUAAGUUAAAUGUAAAAAUGGUAUCUGAUUGUAUUUGUAUUUUAUGGCGGUGGCGCCGCGGCCAGCCGGCCGGUGCCGUCACCAUGGACGCUGACCUUACUGAAGUCGUCGCUUACUCUGCCACCGACAAAAUAGAGCACCGCAAAACACGGUCCGCGCGGACGAAUCAUGCAAUGAAGACCAAUACCCAAGAGCUAGUGUUUUAGAGCGAAAUCGUUGGCGCGGAGAUCCCUAGCGCGUGUGGUCACGAGGCAGCGGUCGUAUUACUCUCCUCUCGGAAACUCGCUUCUCGUGGCUUCUUCCUCUGUGUGGUGUAUUCAUUGCAUUACGGCGGGCGUCUCCGGUGUUGUGUGGGAGCCGUCCCCGCGCGGGAGGGUGCGGCCUGCGGAACUGCUCUGUCCUCGGCGCGGAUCAACUAGGGCGCACCGGGCGGCGCCUGUUCGCGGCGGCGGCCGCCAGGGGCGCUGCAGUCGUCUGCCGACCGCUCACCCCCUGUAAGCGGCGGGACUGGCGUUACGCGCUGCGCUACUAUAUCGUAAUGUACAUAGCGACAAAAUAUACAUACUAUUCAUGA